AUGACUCAAGAUUCUGGGAUCAGCGACGUUGGAGCUGAAACAGUGAAUGAAGAUGUUUUGGUGACUGGAGGUGCCGGGUUCAUAGGUUCUCACACCUUGGACUAUCUUGUGCAAAAGUACCCAGAUUGCAAAUUUACUUGUGUUGAUAAACUUUCAUAUGCUACAAAUUACCUGGAGAACAAUCUACGUAAGGUUUCUGGAUGCGAUAACUUCACAUUUAUCAAGCUUGACUUAGCGGAAGAACAUCAGCGGUUGGAUGAGCUCAUAAAUCAUUCUGCCAACAAUUUCACAACCAUUAUCAACUUUGCAGCCGAGUCAUGUGUGGACAAGUCUUUUAACGAUCCACUUUACUUUACGAAAAAUAAUGUUUUGGCUACACAAAACUUACUAGAGUGUUGUCGUACUUUGUUAAAUAGUAAACCCAACUUGAGACGAAACUUCAAAUUCAUUCACAUUUCCACAGAUGAAGUAUAUGGGGAACAAAAAGAAGGAGAAAUCAUAGACGAAGAUGGCCCUCUCCAUCCCACAAAUCCAUAUGCUGCUUCAAAAGCAGCCUGUGACCUCAUUAUAGAAGCAUACAAGCACUCGUAUAAAAUUCCCAUCACCCUAAUAAGGUCCAACAAUGUUUAUGGCCCUCGCCAGUUUCCCGAGAAAAUCAUUCCAGUGUGCCUCAAAGCAUUGCAAAAAGCAUCCCCGACUGGUAUCGCUGAAAAAGAAAGAAUACCAAUUCAUGGUAACGGAAGGCACACUCGCCGAUACUUGCAUGUACUAGACUUUGCAAAAGCUGUAGAUCACAUUUGGAAUUGGCUUAAAAACACCUCAGAAUCUAGCAGCGAUUUCCUUGGAGAAACAUUCAAUGUUGGAACAGACGAUGAGGUAGACAACCUCUCAAUGGUAAAAUUGAUAUGCACUAUUUUCAUGAGGAAGAAGUUUGGAGUAGAGUCACUUGAUGCUUCCUCCUUCAUUCGGCAUACAAAGGACAGAAACUACAACGACUUCAGGUAUUCCAUCGAUUUCACGAAAAUCAAAAAAGUAGGAUGGAAACAGGAAAUUUCAUUGGAGCAGGGCAUUGAGGAGUUGGUAAAGGCUGAAAUUGAAAAUGAAAAAUGA